AUGUCGGUAGCAAAGCCUACACGCAUCACCGUGGGUUCUCGUGGUCCCCGGGCUCCAAUUGGACGCCUCGCCACCCUCAAAACCUCAAAUUCGACACCUAUCAAGCGUCCUGGAUCAAUUGGACGCCCCCAGUCAGCACGACCCACGACACACCCAAAGACAUCAAGCUGUCCCAACCCGGGCUGUCCUGCGCCGCAUAUCGUCGACGAUGACGGAUCAAAAGUUUGUACCGGCUGUGGUACAGUUAUUAGCGAAUCCAACAUUGUCUCGGAGGUGACAUUCGGUGAAUCCUCUUCCGGUGCUGCUGUAGUGCAGGGUACUUUUGUUGGAGAGGGCCAGACUCAUACUCGGAGCUUUGGUCCGGGCUUUCAGCGAGGUGGUGGCAUGGAAAGCCGUGAAAUAACCGAAGCAAGUGGAAAUCAAUACAUCUUCCAGUGCACACGACGACUGAACAUUCCCGAGAGUGCUUCCAAAGCUGCUGGUCAAGUAUUCAAGCUUGCUGCCGGGUUGAACUUCAUUCAAGGUCGUCGAAUUAAGACUGUCGCUGCUGUUUGUCUUUAUAUUGCCUGCCGUCGCCAAGCCGGAAAUACCGUUAUGCUGAUCGACUUCGCUGAUGUUCUAAUGAUUAAUGUCUUCAAACUUGGUCGAACCUAUAAGGCGCUUCUCGAUGAGCUCCGGAUAGGUGGAAAUGUCUUCCUAAUGAACCCCAUUGAUCCGGAAAGCUUGAUCUACCGUUUUGCCAAGCAAUUAGAAUUCGGUUCGUCCACCAUGUCGGUUGCUGGUGAGGCGGUACGCAUUGUGCAGCGAAUGAAUCGUGACUGGAUGACCACCGGUCGACGACCGGCUGGUAUUUGCGGUGCCGCGCUUAUCCUCGCAGCGCGCAUGAACAAUUUCCGCCGAACCGUUCGCGAGGUGGUGUACGUUGUGAAAGUCACUGAGAUUACAAUCAGUCAACGUCUGCUGGAGUUCGGUUCGACAGAGAGCGGAGAACUCACUGUGGACCAAUUCCGAUCCGUGCAACUAGAAAAUGCACAUGACCCCCCUUCUUUCACUCGAGCAAGAGAAGGCCGAAGGCUAAGCCAGGCAGUGCCCAGGCUACCAGAGGCAACACCCGAAAUCGAAGAUGAUUUGGUAAGCGAGGCAGACUCUACUCAACCUCGUCGUGUCGACGCAGAUGGCUUUGCGAUUCCUGACAUCCCAAUUGAUCCCGCCUUAUUUGAGACCACCCACCGACGCUCGUCCAUCACGAAUGCUGUCAGCGGAGUUAUCGAAGAUAGCAAGCAAGAAGCGGCCGAACACAAGGACAAAGGCAAGGGUCAACGUCGAGUUUCACUGCCGACUCCGACUAAGGAGCAGCAGGAAUCCGAGGAGUCUCUAGAAAGCGAGAUGCAUCUGAUGCUUUCAAAGGGGUCCUCCAUGAUUGACAGUGUGAUCGACAAAGAAACCAAGAAGCCGGUCUCAGACGACAAAGAGAUUGAUUCUGCUGAGUUCGAAGAUGACCCCGAAGUUGCUCAUUGUCUCCUCACCCCCGCAGAGGUGGAAAUGAAAGAGCGCAUUUGGGUGACAGACAACAAGGACUACCUUCGCACACAACAAUCAAAGGCCUUGAAACGUGCACUCGACGAGGCUAUGGGAAAUGAAACAAAUCGCAAGCCACGCAAGCGUCGAAAGGGACGCCUUGGUGACGUGGGCUAUCUUGAGGGCCAAGACGCUGAAGGUCGUAGCUCUCGUGCGUCAACUCCAGCAGAAGCCACACGACGCAUGCUGGAGGUGCGUGGAUUCAGUAAGAAGAUCAAUUAUUCUUUACUGGACACAUUAUAUGGCGGCGAAAAUCCCGGAGAUACUCCUGAAGCCAAGGAUGAGAAGAAUCUCCGAAGCCGAAGUCGCAGUAUGAGUGUCACAUCGCGCCAUAGUCUUCCUCCUGCAGCAGCACCUGCUCGUCGCAAACGCAAGUCUCAUGCUCCCAGUACUGUCGCCAAACCUCAUGAAGCUACUCCUCCCCCUCGUUCUAGUCGUUCACCUUCUGCACCAGUGACCAAACCAACGGAGGAUGCAGCUUCGGAAACGGUAGCCGAGGGCAAACUGCCAGAGAAUAACCUUGACAACGAUACUCUCGCUCCGGGCGAUGAGGCCCCUACAGGUACUCAGGAUCCCGACGAGAUUGAUGACAACUAUGGUUAUGAGGAUGAUGAUGAUGAUCACAUUGAGCAAGCGUUUGCAGGCCAGUAUGAGGAUGAUUAUUAUGAUGUCGGCAGUGAUGAUGAUUGA